GCCCUGCCACCGCACGGCAUGGGAGGCGGGGCCUCGCGGUCCUCCACUCCUCGUGGAGCGCCCGCGGGGGCAGGUUGCAGUCAGCUCGCCAGGGACGGCGCAGGCCCCGGCCGCGGGCCGCUGGCGCAGGCGGGCGGCCCGGCGAUGGCCCCGAGCAGGGGCGCCCCCGAGCAGCACCGCGGCUGCGACGGCCGCGGGGCGCUGGCGGCGGCGGACGCCCCGAGACUCCCGGGCCUGGGCGCCGCGAGCGAGGAGCACGGCAGGCACAGCACCAGCACCUGCUCCAGCGGCGGACGGACGCCCGGCGGCGGGUCGCUCUGCGGCGCCCCGCCCGGGCUUGCGAUGCGGAGGUACAGGAUGAGCAUGGCCGAGGAGGACUUCAUGGGCGAGGGCGCCUCCAGCGUCUGCUGGAAGGCGACGGACAUCGAGACGGGCGAGCACGUGGCCAUCAAGGUGUACAAGCGCAUCAGCGACAGCAGAGGGCGGAACGUCAUGCUGCAGAAGUUCACUCGGCAGGUCAGGGUGUUGCAGGAGCUCCAGGAGCCGCUCGUGCAGCCAGAGGACCCCGACCUCUGGAGCCCCCAGCUCCAGAACGUCAAGGCCCACAGGUUGUUCAUGCAGCUGCUCGAUUAUUCCAAGGACAGCGAGGGCAACCCUGCACCUGACGAGGACGACGGAAUUCCGUACGUGGUCACGGAGCUCGCCCAGUACAGCCUCAAAGAUUACAUUCAGCUGCGGCGCGAGCAGGGCAAGCCCGUGCCCAAGGAGUCCAUCAGGCACAUCACGAAGGCGAUCGUGCUGGUGGUGGCGGGGCUCCACGCCAAGGGCCUCGUCCACAUCGACAUGAAGCCCGAGAACCUCAUGAUGUUCAACGGCCGCCUCAAGCUCAUAGACGUGGACGGGUGCGUCAAGAUAGGGACCAGGCUAUCGAUCCAGGACUCCUCCAUCUCGUUCUCCCCGUGCUACUGCGCGCCCGAGUGGGCCCGGUUCCUGAUCGAAGACCAGGAGACGCACAUCACCGUGGCGCCCUCGCUGGACGUGUGGAGCGUUGGCAUGACAAUUGGCGAGCUGGUGACUUUAGAUGCGAUCUUGAAGCCCACGUACGCGAAUUUCCUGUGCAACGGCCACUCGCAGAGAGAAGCGGGAUUCCUUUUCAUGGAUUGGCUCAGCAACAUCAAGAAAGCACCGAUCCCCAAGAGCGUCGAAAUGUUCGACCUUGAGUUCCUCGACCUCCUCAUAAAUUGGUUGCUUGUAGUCGACGACAAGGUGAGGAAGACGCUCGCGCAGAGCCUCGAUAGCCCCUUCAUAGAGGCCGCCGCACCGCAGAAAGGCUGCGGGAGUCUAAAGUUCAAAUCUGGCGGCUCAUACCUAUCAAGUGCAGACGACGCAAACUCUUGA